GAUUAAAUGGAAUUAGUCCCAUUUGUUUUUUGUCCAUAUAAUAAAGACUUGUAAAGUCAAACAAAAACAUCAAAUAAAACGUCAUCUUCAAGAACUCCGUUAGCCCCUCUUUCUCUUUCUUCAAGUGGGGGAUUUUUUUUCCCUUUAUAAAUUCUACACAAACCAGUUCGAAUUUUCUCCAGGGUUCAACUUCCUCUCUUGUUCUUUCAGUUUCCUUUGGUGUUUUAAGAUAUGGGAACUCAAGCUCCUCCAGAAAAUGGUUAUGGCAGAAGCAACAGCUUGGAAGAGAAAUCAGCAAAGGAGAAAGCAAUCGAUGAGUGGCUGCCAAUCACCUCAUCAAGAAAUGCAAAAUGGUGGUAUUCAGCUUUCCACAAUGUCACCGCUAUGGUGGGAGCUGGUGUCCUCAGUCUCCCUUACGCCAUGGCAGAACUCGGAUGGGGUCCUGGUGUGACUGUUCUAAUCCUAUCAUGGAUUAUUACCCUAUAUACACUAUGGCAAAUGGUUGAAAUGCAUGAAAUGGUUCCUGGAAGACGUUUCGAUAGAUACCAUGAACUGGGUCAAUAUGCCUUUGGUGAAAAACUUGGCCUCUACAUUGUGGUGCCACAGCAACUUAUUGUUGAAGUUGGUGUCUGCAUUGUUUAUAUGGUUACUGGUGGCAAAUCAUUGCAGAAGUUCCAUGACACUGUUUGCAGUACCUGCAAACAUAUAAAACUAACUUAUUUCAUCAUGAUUUUUGCCUCUGUUCACUUUGUCCUCUCUCACCUUCCCAACUUCAACUCCAUUUCGGGUGUCUCCUUGGCUGCCGCCGUCAUGUCUUUGAGUUAUUCUACCAUUGCUUGGGGAGCUUCAGUGGAUAAGGGAGUUCAACCAGAUGUGCAAUAUGGCUACAAAGCUAAGACUACAGCAGGAACAGUUUUCAACUUCUUCAGUGCCUUGGGGGAUGUGGCUUUUGCCUAUGCUGGCCACAAUGUAGUGUUGGAGAUCCAAGCUACAAUCCCCUCUACACCUGAGAAGCCAUCGAAGGGACCAAUGUGGAGAGGUGUUAUCGUUGCCUAUAUCGUUGUAGCCUUGUGCUACUUCCCUGUCGCUUUAGUCGGGUAUUGGAUGUUUGGCAAUUCAGUCCAAGACAACAUCCUCAUCUCAUUAGAGAAACCAGCAUGGCUUAUUGCAAUGGCUAACAUGUUUGUCGUUGUUCAUGUUAUUGGAAGCUACCAGAUCUAUGCGAUGCCAGUUUUUGACAUGAUGGAAACCGUAUUAGUUAAGAAAUUAAAUUUCAAGCCGAGUACAACACUUCGAUUCAUUGUCCGCAAUCUUUAUGUUGCAUUCACGAUGUUCAUCGGCAUUACCUUCCCUUUCUUCGGAGGUCUUCUUGGAUUUUUUGGAGGAUUUGCUUUUGCACCAACAACAUACUUUCUCCCUUGCGUCAUGUGGCUUGCCAUUUACAAACCAAGAAAGUUUAGCUUAUCUUGGUGGACUAACUGGAUCUGCAUUGUAUUUGGUCUUAUGUUGAUGAUCUUAUCACCAAUUGGAGGGUUGAGGCAAAUCAUCCUUCAAGCCAAGGAUUAUGAAUUCUACUCUUAAAUUGUUUUCUUCUCAGUGAAGAAUCAGGUGGGGAGUAGGCACAAAUGAAGAACAUGAUAGUUAAAAGUUUGUCAUAUGGAAGCAUAACAUAAGGCUAUUGUCAAGAGUCAAUGUUGUCAGCCUCCGUUGUCAGAAAAUCAAAGUCAAUACACAAACAUGGGAGAUUGAACUGUUGGAAAUCAGAUCACAGGAGCAUUGGCCGUCACUGUUUCUUCAUUCUAUCACUUGUGUUAAUGUAUGAAUACAAAAUAGUCUUCUUUUUCUUUUUCUUUUUUUGCUUGUUUUGCUGUUUGUGAAGAAAAAAAGAUACUACAGUUAUGUAAUGGUUUCCACUUAAAAUGUUGUAUUUGCUUUCAACAAGAGUUCCCAAGGUUUGUUUCAGCAAA